AUGUCUCAACUACCUCAAUACACCAGUUAGACUGUUGAGUCCUAGUUAAUUCAGCAACCAAGUCAACUUAACAUCUAGCCAUAGCCAAUCAAUUUCUACCCACCCUCAGUCACACAAAUCUAAAAUCCAAUAGCAUCAAAUCAAAAUUAUUAAAUGCAACAACAAUUGCAAUAGCCCCAAUAAUUGCAAUAGCCUCAAUAAUUUUAAUAAGCACAAUAAGCUCUGUAUCCUUAAUAUUAAUAAUAACCAAUUUAACUACAAGGUGAUGAUUAAUAGUUAAGAUAGAGGUAAAUGUCAUAAAAUCUUUAACAACACAUGAUGUAACAAUAAUGGAACGAAUAAUUUCAAUAGAUGCUAUAGAUGCAUCAUCAUAAUUAUCUACUCUAAAAUUAAUUGCAAAAUCUGAUGGUCAAUUAAACAGCUUAAUCAGAACAAGCUCGAAGAGAUAUGAUGAUGUAACAACAAUAGUCCUUAGCCGAUUUCACUAACUUGUAACCAGAAACCAUUACAGAAUACAUACCAGUCGAAAAGAAGAUAAUUGAAUAUGAAACAAGAAUCAAAAAAAUUCAAGUUCCUGUUACACAUGAAAUAACAGAAUAUGUGCCAGUCACUACAGAAACUAUUUCACCAGAACGAACCGUUCGACUAUCCCCUCCAAAAGAAGUUCACCUUGUACCAACUGUUGUCCAAUAACCCCCUCUUUUAUAAUAAACUGUUAUUCCAAGACCUUCUCAAAUGUAGAUGAUUCCUGCCCCUACUUAAAUAACCAGAAUGCCAACAGUUCCUUCUUAUUAACAAGCCCCAUUAACAUCAAUAAGAUCCCAACUCUAAUCCUCCCCUCCUAGAGUUUUGAAUAAGCCAAUGGAUAUUCCUAUACCUCCACCACCUCCUCAUCUUCCCUUGCAACCUUUUAAUUACACACCCAAAGACUUUCCAACAAUGGCAAUGCCUCCCCCUCCUUAAUAAUUUUAUGCUUAAGCCUCCCUGAAUUCCCCAUUACCACCAUCACCACCACAAUUUGAUUCACCACCUCCUCCUGCUUAUUAACAUUAAUUUGCAAAUCCAUAAAAUUAACUACCUCCUCACUUAAUUCCUUAAGUACCUCAAGUACCACAAGAUUUAUUCAAUCAGCAUCAAUUACAUCCCCACCUACAACAACAUUAGAUCAACCCUAACUAACCAUACUAACCACCAUUACUACCCCAUCCACCUUAAUCAAGGCCUGCUCCUUUCAUCCCAGAAUAGUAUUACAGAGAUUAAAUUGAGGAUGAAUAAGACUAAUACUCUUAUGAAAAACCACAAAGAAAAUAACCAAAUCAUCCUGAUUUCUAAUAGACUAAGCAUCCCUCUUAGUUAGAUACUCCAACUUACCACAUACCCAAUUAUGACAGUGAGAAUAUAAGAGAUAAGUAAUCUGAGCCUAUUCAACAUCCAAAAAGAGCUCCCUUCAUUCCCAAAUCCUAUGAUCCUGAUUUAUACUAUGAGAAACCUGAACGUGUCCAAAUUCCAUCCAAAGAUAAUUAGAGAAGAGAAAUUCAAAGAGCAGUGUACGAAAAAAGACCAUAGAAUGCUCAUUAACAAACCCUAAGGAGCAAAGAAAACUACUUCAAAGACAAUAUAUUCUAAUGA